GAAGACAUUUCAUUUGUGGCCGGUCGCCUCACAGGGAGCACCUCGAAUUAACCGCGAGGUUUUUUAUUGAAAAAACCACCGAGACGAGCUUUAAAAGAAACCGGCAGCAUGGAAGAGUCCUGUAAUACAUUGGUGCGGCGGCUCGUGCCCACGGCCGCCGCUCAGCCAGCGCGCGCACACGCACCUGAUGACCCCCUACUGCGAAGUUAGCUGGAGUCAUCCUGGAGGAAAACGUACACGUUCAGCGUGAGGAGACUUUGGCUGCGACCCGCAGACCCCUCCCUCCCUCCCUCUUCAUCCUCCUCUCUUCCUCCCUCCCUCCGACUGGCACAGAGAAGAGUGUGAGAGACCGAGCGAGGGAACGUGGGAAAGAGGGAAGACAAUGUACCCAACGCUGCUUCUCUUCUCCUUCCUCUUCAUCCUCCAUGUGAUGGGCACUCCACAGUUCUUCGCUCACCACGGGAGGAGGGUGUGUGGCCGAGAGCUCCGUCACAGCGUUGCCACGGCAACCGAGUCAUACGUCCAGCCGGUGCACAAGCCCUUCAUCACCCUGUGUCAGGGGCAUCGCCUCUGCAGCACGUACAAGACUGUCUACUCAGUGGCGUACCGGCAGGUGAGCAGAGCAGCACCUCCUUCGCAUUUCCACUCAGAGUGCUGCCCGGGCUGGCGGAGAUUUCACUCUCACAACUGCAAUCAAGCUGUGUGUGGACAACCCUGUGUGAAUGGAGGUACCUGCUUGAGACCCAACCAGUGUGCUUGUCUGCUAGGCUGGACGGGGCACCAAUGCCAAACAGAUGUGGAUGAGUGUAGCGAGCGGCAGCCAUGCGCCCAGGAGUGCGUGAACACAGCUGGCAGCUAUCGAUGUUCGUGCAGAGACGGCUUCAGGCUUACAGGAGAUGGCCGUUCCUGUCAAAGCCUUCCUCCUCCUCCUCCUCCACCUACUCCUCCUCCCACCCAGGCAACAGUGGGUGGUCACAUUGAUGCGGGUGGAGGUUUCAGCCAGGGGGAGAAUGUGACGGAGGAGGUACAGAGCCUGAAGAACAGAGUAGAGCUCCUGGAAAAGAAGCUACAGUUGGUGUUGGCCCCCUUCUUCCCGCUGUCGCUGGACGAGGGCUGGUCGGACAAAACCACCUUACUGUCCCACUCCUUCCAGCAGCUAGACCGCAUCGACUCCCUUAGUGAGCAGAUUGGCUUUCUGGAGGAGCGAAUCGGCACAUGUUCUUGCCAGGAGAAUUAGCCACCGGACAUUACCCCACAACAUUUCCAGACAUCUCCCAUUAAGUUAAUAAUGACACAAACCUGCCAUAGACUGGACGCACCAAGAUGGCCGUUGUUUGUAAGAAAGUGGACGGCGGAAAGCAGAAACUGCCUCGGUGACGCAAUCGACGCACAAAUCAUCAUCUGUGAUUUUAACUAUUUCUCAACAGCUUCAUUUACUUUUCAUGUUUAAUCACUGUCAAAUAUCUCGAUUUUGUAACAACAACCUGUGGCAGGGUCAGUUUCAGCAUGACAUCAUCCCUGUAACAUCUGAAUCGAACCUCCUGAGGGUCAAGGGUCAAAUCGGCCACUUUGUUUCUGUGUUUGUUUUGCAUCAGUGCAGCUGUGGGACAUCUGUAUUUAUCUAUUUAAAUUAUGAUUACGUCUAGUUAUUUCUCAGUGCUCCAAUAGACAUUUUUUACCUAGUUUUGUAACAUUUUGUAAUAAAAAAAAUCUUAAUCAAAAACA